AAAGCUUCGAGUGCCUAAUUUUGAAUAAUUAUAAUAUUAAUAUAUAUAUAUAUAUAUAUUCAAGUAUGGCAACUCCACAAGGACAAGCUGCAGGUCCUGAUCACCGGAGAAUGAAGUGUCCGGCGCCGUUCCUCUCGAAAACGUACAAUUUGUUGGAAGAUCAGUCCGCCGGAGCCAUAGUCACCUGGAACUCCGACGGGAAUGCCUUCGUCGUUUGGUCGCCGGCCGAGUUCUCCGACGCCAUGCUCCCUAAGUAUUUCAAACACAAUAACUUCUCCAGUUUCAUCCGACAGCUCAACACCUAUGGUUUUAAGAAGACAGCGUCGAAACGGUGGGAAUUCAAGCACGAGAAAUUCCGGAGAGGGCAGCGGCAUCUGCUGGCGGAGAUCAGGCGGAAGAAGUGCGAGGCGAGCGUGUUCCCGCCGUUUCUGGCGGCGGCGACGGCGGCGAUGGCGGUGGAGGAAAACAAGAAGCUGAGAAGAGAGAGAGUGGAACUGGAAAGGGAAAUAGCUCAUUUCAAGGCUCUGGAAAUGAAUUUGCUCCAAUGCCUUUCUACUCUAAAUCAAAAAUCGUAAGCAGAUCAUCUGUAUCAUCUCUUUCUAUUAUAUUAAGAAGUUGUAUUGAUGAAGAACAACAUUAAUUAGAAGAUGAAGCAAGCAUGUGAUCAUGUGUGUCUCUUUAAUUUGUGAAAUAAAUUGCAGUUGACCAAUGAUAAGCAUGCAUGAAAUA